AGAUACUUUAAUCGUUCAUCUAAGUACAGUUUUUUAAAUCUGAAUUGACAAAAACCACAUCUGCACAUUUUUACCAUCACUUUAUAAACCCUGUAACAAUUCCUAUGACUUCAUUGCAUCUGUGAAAAGUUUUUUAAUGUGCUACAAUAUAAUAUGAGGUGACUUACAAAACGUACAAUGCUUUCACUUCCAUUCGCCUACUGCGUCAAACUGAGCUUAAAGGUGUGUCAGGGCAGGAAAGACAACUUGUAAAAAGAAUGUGGCUAAAGUGUGAGUGGUUUAUCGUGGGAGAGAGUUAGAAAAUAUAUUUUGUUUUUAGUUUGCACUUUCAUUGUAGGCUACUGCCCUGAACCAUAUCCCGGCUACUCUAGUCACUGUCAUCAAAACUGUAUAGUAGCCAUAAAAAAAGAAGUCUAAUAAAGUAUUUCACAAAAAAGUGAUGGUUUACUCCAUUGUAAGCAAAGAUAAAUAAAAAUAAAACACUUAAUAGAAAACGUAGUGGAUGCCAUACAGAACUCUGUUGUGUCAUAAUCAUAAUAUAGUGAGAUGAUAAAAGUCUUAAUAUAACAUAUAUUAUUUAUGAAUGUCAUAACAUGUAACAACAUUUGCAUAAUACAGUAUGUCCUAUAACAGGCAUGUAAAAGCCAUGGUCUAGUAUUUCAUAGAAAAAUUAUAAAUGAAUGUCUUAAAAAGUCAGAAAUAGUGCUAUGCCCUUCAUAUAUCAUAAUAUAGUCAUACGACAAUUAUAAUACGAUUCAUAAUAAAGCAUAUCAUGCACUGGUGCCACACAUUUGGUUUUUCUGAUUUCUCUUUGUUAAGAGGUUCAUUGUUCACCGUCUUUGGCGAAAGUUUCCCAACAACAAUGGCAGGAGAACCAGAGAAAGCCUGGAGCAGCGCUCUCCUCGACUGCUUUGAGGACAUGAAUACGUGUUGCUAUGGUUUCUGGUGCGGCCCUUGUCUUGCCUGCACCGUUUCAGGACGGUUUGGAGAGACUUAUUGUUUCCCAUUAUGUGACAUAGUACCCAUGUGCAUGUCAGCAACGAUCGGAAUACCCAUCUGUGUGCCUCCUGCAGCCCUGUCUACUAGGGCUGCCAUGCGAAACAGAUACCAUAUCAGGGGUUCUCUCUGCGACGACGCUGUAGUGUCCUGUUUCUGUUCGUGGUGCUCCUGGUGUCAGAUGCACCGUGAGUUAAAAUAUCGCAAUAUCAUUCCUGUUGUCAUCAAUAUGGCGCAUCAAACCGUGAUACAAAUGCAGAAUCAAAACAUGCCACAAAUGCAGAAUCAAAACAUGAUUCCAAUGCAGAAUCAAAACAUGAUUCCAAUGCAGAAUCAAAACAUGAUUCCAAUGCAGGAUCAAAACAUGCCACAAAUGCAGCCUAUCUUUGUGACGACAGCUCAACCACAGCCAGUUGGUUAUGUGAGCCCACCAGCAUACAAGAAGUCACCCUGAGUUCUGUGGCAUCUCAUUGGUCGGUUGUGUCUUAUGAAAAAAAUGUGAUUCUGCUCCGAUCGUACGGCUUUUUAUCUAAGUAUAAAACACAAAGAUUGAAGCUCAUUUGUAUUCUGUUCCCAUGGUAUGAAGAACAACUUUCAGUUUCCUAAUAAUAGUUUAAAACAUCUUCAAGCCCAUGAGGCUUCAUUCACACAUCACUUAUAGCCAUAUAACAAUGUUAACCAUUAGUUUCAAAUAAUUUUUCAUUAUUGUUAAUCCUUAUUUCUGGAUGUAUCCUAAACCGCGCUUUGUUUCUGAGAGGUUUGUUCCAAGUCAUGAAGCAGACACACCGGUUUAUCCACUCGGUUGACUGCUUCGGCACAUUUCUUCUGAAAGCGAAACUAAUUUACUCCUCUCACUUCUCAAGAAUUCUAUUGUUUUAAAGAAUGUGAAACUUUUCCAUUUCUAAUUGACUUAGAGGAUAUUACAUUUAAACUUGAGAUGUUAUUGCUUUUGUUGUUGACUCAUUGUGAGACUUGUAGCAUGAAGGGAUUCAUUCAGAUGUAAUCUAAACUUUUUUUCAAUGUUGAUUUAUCCUUUACGUUACUUGUUUAUAGCUUUAGCAUGUUUUGAUCUGUGAAAUGAAUGGUUGUUUAUUUUGUUUGUUUGUGAAUAAACCACUAUAAUAAAA